UUUAAAUGCUGUAGUUUCCUGUUUCACUUAUGUGUUGGUAAGUCAUAAAGCUACCAGGAAGAUUUUUUGAGGACUAAACGACUGGCACGCGGGCAACUUUCAGGAAAUAGACAAAAUCCUUUUUAGUUCACUGCUGGAUUUGUUCUGAGAGUAAAAUGGCAGAGUCUAUUUUCAGAGAUCAGGAUCAAUACAGCUGUUCAAUAUGUCUAGAUCUAAUGACGGAUCCAGUGACAAUUCCCUGUGGACACAGUUACUGUAUGACCUGCAUUAAAGACUACUGGGAUAAGGACGACUACAGAAAAAACAACUGUCCUCAGUGCAGGCAGAGAUUUCUUCCAAGGCCUGCUCUUAACAAAAAUACAAUACUUGCUGAAAUAAUGGAGAAACUGAGGAAGAAUGAUUUUCAGGUGUCUUCUAAUGCUACAAUGUUAGCUGAACUGGAAUACAUAGAAUGUGAUUUCUGCACUGGAAAAAAGGUCAGAGCUGUUAAUUCAUGUCUGGAGUGUCGAGCUUCCUACUGUGAAAUGCAUCUACAACCCCAUUUUGACUUUCCUGCUCUUAAGAAACAUAAGCUGGUGAAUGCCACCAACAUGCUAUCAUGUCCGAAACACGAUAAGCUGUUGGAGGUGUUCUGUCGUACAGACCAAAAUUGCAUCUGUAUGCUCUGUUUAAUGGAUGAUCACAAGGGUCAUGACACUGUUUCAUCUGCAACUGAACGUGAUGAGAAACAAAUCAGACUACAGGCUGAUAGAAUCAAAUUAGAGGAGAAACGCAAAGGGAAAGAACAUGAGCUUCAUGACCUGCAAAAGGACCAAAAGACUCGUAUAGAUGCUGCACAACAGGCAGUGGAGAGCACUACGAAAGCCUUUACUGCCACAGCUGACUUAAUGAAAAAGAAAUGCUCUGAGAUUAUAGAGAAGAUCCAAGCUCAAGAGAAGGCUGACCUGGAUCGACUUAAUGGUCUUCAGGAACAGCUGGAACUUGAGAUCGCUAUUCUGAGGGGACACGAAGAUGACCUGGACAAGCUUUUACAAACAGCGGAUAACAUUCACUUCCUUCAGAAUUUUGAAAAGAUGCCCACCUCUUCUGGAGCUGAAGACUUCCCCACUCACUCACUGGAGCCAGCUUUCUCUUUUGGGGAUAUCAGAAACAUUUUAUCUGAAUUUAAAGACAGUCUGGAGGUUUUUUGCAAAAAGGAGGUAGAAAAAAUAUUAGAAAAAGUCUCAAAUGUAGCAACAACAGCCUCUCUAUGCCAUAUCAAGACUGGGGAUAGAGUUCGCGUGAAAUCUUGUGUUAACACUCCAAUAUAUAACUGGGGCUUACAUGUCACACAUAAGAGCAUAGGUGUGGUAAAAGCUGUUGAUGGGAAACAAGUAACGGUGGACUUUCCUGAGUGUUCUGGCUGGAGAGGCAUAGUUCCAGAGAUGGAAGUGGUGUCUUAUGCUCCCUCAGGUUCCUCAUCUGCAAACUGCAGUUUUGACAUUGGAUGCAAAGUACGAGUGAAACCCUCAGUUGUAACUCCUAAAUAUCAAUGGGGAGGUAUCACUCACAAAAGUAUUGGCAUAGUUAAAGCUGUUGAAGAGGGCACUGUGUUUGUAGACUUCCCUGAAUUCCAUGCAUGGAAGGGGGAGCUUUCAGAAAUGGAGCUAAUAUCCAGCAAAGAGUCAGUACUUCCUUACAUCCUUACAGCAUGCUUAGGUUCCAACAUUCAGAUUGGAGACAGAGUCCAAGUGAAGGCCACAGUGGAUACCCCAAAACAUGGAUGGGGAGAGGUUUCUCGCAAGAGUGUUGGUGUGGUUACAGCUAUGAAAGGUGAAGAUAUAACUGUAAACUUUCCUGAGCAGAAACGCUGGCUUGGAGUACUUUCUGAAGUGGAGUUUGCUGCCAGUGCUAACUGAGUGGGACUGUGCAGAGAGCCCUUGGAAAUAGAUGUGGCUAGCAAAAUGAAGUCAGAAAAAUAAGUCAGAAAUUACAGCAUGAAUCUCAGCAAGACAAGGAGUGGAUCAUUUGAAGUAAAGCUUUCAAAUUGUGUAUAAGCUGACUGAAAUCAUUGGACUGAUGUUUAGAUGUUUAAUAUUGCUGAGACAUUUUGAGAAUCAUGUACAUGUGUGUAAAUCAAUUGAAUUUGAAAUCUUUGUCUAAGGUGUGUAUGUGUACUCAUUAACUUUCAAUACUCAGUAUUGUUUGUAAUGUCAAAUGUCAUGAAUUUUAAAAAUGACUUUAAAUUUCAAAUAUAAAUGCUGUGCCUGUUGUAAAUGAUAAUGGUUUUUUUUAACUCCAAUAAUGCUCGAGUGAUGUACACAUCUAAUAAAAUUCCAAUUGCAUAGUAUAUUUCACUGGAAUCUUGUAUACCUUAAAUUUA